AUGAAAUUAUUCUCCUUGGUCGUCUUGUAUAAGACUCAUCAGGUCGAUAUUUUAAAAUCGUCCUCUGAUCUCGCUAGCUUUGGCUAUUUUCAACGUUCAAGUGUUCAAGAAUUUAUGCUAUUUACCAGCAAACUCCUUACUGAAAGAACACAGCCAGGACAACGAGUGUCAGUAAAAGAGCAAGAUUAUUUAUGUCACACCUAUAUCAGAUCGGAUGGCCUAGCAGCAGUACUCAUUGCUGAUCAUGAGUAUCCUGCGCGAGUAGCCUUUACCGUCUUAACAAAGACUUUAGAUGAUUUUACGGCAGCCAUUCCAAAGUCAAGUUGGAAGCCUGGGCAAGCCAAUGCUAUCAAUUUAGAAGAGAUGCUCAGUAAAUAUCAGAAUCCCAAGGACGCUGAUCCAAUGAUGAAAGUUCAGGCUGAUUUAGAUGAAACAAAAGUUGUAUUGCAUAAUACGAUUGAUGCUGUGCUUCAGCGAGGUGAAAAGCUGGACGAUUUGGUGCAGAAAUCCGAUAAUCUCAGCUAUUCGUCGAGAGCCUUCUACACCACUGCAAAGAAGACUAAUUCUUGCUGUAUUGUAAUGUAA